ACCAGGGCAGUCACGUCCACUUCUAGCACUUGUCUUCCUCUGGACACCGCCCCAUGUGCUGGAGCUCUCAAGGUGCCCAGCUGCGGAGGGGUCUGCCCAGGGAUCUCCGCACUUUCGGGGCACAGGCUGUUAGAGGGAUUCCAAGGGACCCAACUCAACUCCAGGAAGUCUCCCCAGACUCGAGGGCUGAGUGUAGUGUUCCCCCUUCAUGCUCUUCUUCUUCAUCAACUGUAUAGCCAACUCUGCUACAUUGAAAGUAUAACCUCCCACCGAGUGAUUAGUCCAGCCUUCCCCAAACAACCCCAAAUGAAAAAGCCGAUCAAGUCUUCUGAGGUUUCACUGGGUGGGAUCAGAGCUGGCCUGGCCACGGUUCUCCGUCACGUUCUUCUUGGGGGCAUCUUGCUCAGAAGUUGGGGUUGUCAUCUCAUGCUGGCAUCUUGACUUCCUCCUCGGUUUACAGACUUACAGCCUUCUAACCAGCAUCAAUCUCAGAGCUACAGUCCCUGGAAUAGAACGGAAAACAAAGUCGAUUUGGUAUCAUGCAUCAAAAAUAAUCACAACAACCAUAAUACAAGGAUUCUCGGAGAACAAAGAGGUGGCCGAGAUAGCCUCUCAUUCAGGAGCCUGCAAACGGAGACAGCUGCUGCGGAACUCCAUUACCUUUGCAAGACCUGUUGCCCUUGGAGAAAGAUGACGGCUAAUGUCGGUUUCAAAACCAUGGCAAGGUUCUUUGUGUUUCCGUAUGAUUUUUAGAAUCAGCACGUCAAUGCCUACCAAAAAAUUCUGCUGGGUUUUUGAUUGGGGUUGCACUGAAUAUAUAGAUCAAUUUAAGAAGAAUAAAUGUUUUAACAAGUCUUCUGACUCAAGAACAAGAACUUCUAAUACAAUGUUGAAUGCAAGUGGCAAGAAUAGACAUUCUUGCCUUGAUCCUGACUUCAAGGAAAGCAUUCCAUCUGCCAUCAUUAGAGCAUGAGAUGGAGUGGAGACUGGAUAAAGGCAUGAUUUUACUGCCUCCAGACAUGCCAAGUAUGCUCACACAAAGGAAGUUCAGGAAGGCUCAACGAAGCCCCACGCGGAGCUGACGGCACUGCACAAAGUCUUAAAACGUGAGUACAUGCUUGACCUGCAUCAGCAAUAGUGUUCAGAUCAAAGAGAGAAAGUGCACCCCCUAUAUCCUCUACAAAUCAAGCCUCACCUGCAGAUACGGAUCAAGUUUGGGGCAACCUACUUAAGGCCAUGAUGAAUCAUUCUUGAUACACGCCGAGUUGGCUAUUGUGCAUAAGUAAUUUGAAGCCAAGUCAUAUAGAGAGUGCUUGAAGGUCUAGGGAGUCUGGUUUGGAGAGGCGUAAACGCAGGAAGGACGAGCACCUUUUAGCAGAAAGCAGGGUGAGGGAAAACUGCCACCGACUGCAGUUGGCUGGCUGCUCGCCUAAUGAGGAAGUGCGAAGGCGUGGCCCCCCCAGCGUGCCGGGUUGGCCUAGAACGCCGGAAGGGGCGGGGCGGACCCGAGCGCCGUCGGAAGUGGCCUGCGGGACGCCUUGCUUGCGGUCAGGCCUACGCGCGUUCCGUGGGCCCAGCGCGAUGGUGACGUUCCGUGACGCGUCAGUGGUUGCCGGCGCACGGUGUGGGCGUUCGGAGUCGGGCGGCUCCUCUCUUCGAAGAACCUCUGCUCGGGAGCGGGCGGCUGCGACUGCACCUUGGGCAGCCGUCCGGGCCGAGAACCAUGAGCCCCGGGGGCGCAGGCUGCUCCGCCGGGCUGCUGCUGACAGUCGGCUGGCUGCUCCUGGCGGGCCUCCAGUCAACGUACGGGAUCAACAUCACCGCGGUCCAGGAUCCCAGCUUGGCCAACGAGGGCGAGGGCGAGGACGAGGGCGAGAACGAGGGCGAGGAGGAGGCUGAAAACGACAGCGAGGCCGAGAACGAGCCCCAGGCCGAGGCCGAGGAGGAUGUUUCAAAUAGGACAGUAGUCAAAGAAGUAGAAUUUGGGAUGUGCACCGUUACAUGCGGUGUUGGUAUAAGAGAAGUUAUAUUAACAAAUGGAUGCCCUGGCAGUGAAUCCAAAUGUAUCGUACGGGUGGAAGAAUGUCGUGGACCAGUCGAUUGUGGCUGGGGUAAACCAAUUUCAGAAAGUCUUGAAAGUGUUAGGCUAGCAUGUGUUCAUACAUCUCCUGCAAACCGUUUCAAAUAUAUUUGGAGACUUCUAAGGCCAGACCAACAGGCCAUUAUACUUGCAAAUGAUUCAGCAAUCCUGGAGGUUCACAGGGAUACUCACCCCAAGGCUUUUGAGUGUGAAACCUUGGAUAAUAAUGAAAUAGUGGCAUCUAUUAAAUUCACAAUCUAUACAACAACUGAAUUGCAGAUGAAAAGAUCAAGCCGACCAGACACUGAUGCAGUCCUAGUUUUUGUUCUGACCAUAGGAGUUAUUAUGUGUAUAUUCGUGAUCUUUCUACUGAUGUUCAUAAUUAUAAACUGGGCGGCAGUCAAAGAUUUCUGGGGGGCAAAAGCUUCGACAACUGAGAUGCAGUCUGAGCUGAGUUCAGUGAGAUACAAAGAUUCAACCUGUCUUGACCAAUCACCAACAGAAAUACCUGGACAUGAAGAUGAUGCUUUAAGUGAAUGGAAUGAAUGAUGUAUGGAUGAUAUAUAGCAAACCAAAGAUUAGGGCAUAUCAGAUUCAUUAUUAUAAAAAUAAAAUAUAUAGUGAAAUA